ACAUGAUCGAGGGAUCCCACCCGGUGUUUCAGAGCCUCCUCGGGACCCUCCUGACCUGGGCUGUCACCGCCGCGGGAGCUGCCUUGGUGUUCAUAUUCUCCAGCGGGCAGAAACGAAUACUUGAUGGAAGUCUUGGGUUUGCGGCAGGGGUUAUGCUGGCUGCGUCCUACUGGUCACUACUGGCACCGGCUAUUGAAAUGGCCGAGACCUCGGGGAGCUACGGAGCCUUCGCAUUCUUUCCCGUGGGAGUGGGCUUCACGCUCGGAGCCGCCUUCGUCUACAUGGCUGACGUCUUGUUGUCCUCGCUGAAUAUUGGUGAUUCUCCGCAAGUUGCUUUGGCGCUGAAUCAAGAGUCGAAACCAACAAAGGAUAAGGAGGAAGGUGCCUGCGGUGACGUUCAUUCACGCGAUGACGAGCUGGCCAUCCGGAUAGACAAGCUAGAAAAUGGGGACGUGUACCAGAGAAAAAGAGGACAGCAGCCCAGCUACUUGGAGGAUUUGCCCUCAGUCCACAGUCCAAAGCUCAGCCCCGAACAGCAACACAAUAGCUGGAAGCGCAUCCUGCUGCUUAUUCUAGCUAUCACCAUCCACAAUGUCCCAGGUUUAGCAGUGGGAGUCGGAUUUGGAGCCAUAGGCAAGACCUCGACUGCAACCUUUGAAAGUGCAAGGAAUUUAGCAAUUGGGAUUGGACUCCAGAACUUCCCCGAAGGCCUUGCGGUCAGCCUACCGUUGCGUGGAGCAGGAAUGUCCACGUGGAAAGCCUUCUGGUAUGGCCAGCUAAGUGGUAUGGUUGAACCAGUGGCCGGAGUGCUGGGAGCCUUCGCUGUGGUUCUGGCGGAGCCUAUCCUGCCCUACGCUUUGGCAUUUGCUGCCGGCGCCAUGGUUUACGUUGUCGUGGACGACAUCAUUCCCGAAGCGCAGCUCAGCGGGAAUGGCAAGCUGGCUUCCUGGAUGUCCAUCCUGGGCUUCGUCUUGAUGAUGUCACUCGACGUUGGUCUCGGAUAAUCUCAAGUUAAUCAUUCUUCCCCUAACCCCCAGCCUCACCCCCACCACCCUCUCCCAACCCCAACCCCACUCCUAUCCGUAGACUACCUUCCCGACUGGGUCUGCUGUACUGAACACUGGGGAUCGGGGCAUCUCUCGUUGAUUUGUUGCUCAGUCACAGAAUUUCCAAUUGUUUAUGAAUUUCUACUUGAAUCUUAAAGGACAAUCGCAAAGUUCA